UCCUAACAGAGUCUAUUUCAUCAGCCAGUCUGUAUUACAAUGUGUUGACCUAAUAGGGGGAAGGGUUCUCACGAUGUCAUUCCUUUUUUUUAAUUUUUUUUUCCAUUUCCUGAGCCACGCUGCAAUACAGAUUUGUUUUCUUCAAAAAUAUUACAAAUUGCGCUGCAUUUGAGAUUCCUGUACAACGGAACAAAGCUUAUAUAAAAUCUUGGUGGGAGAAAAAGUCCAACACAACUAGACCCCUGUCAACACGACAUCAACAUCUUGAACAGGAUCACACAUUUCAGGAAGUGGAGAAUCCUGAGUACAAAGUCUUGGCUUGAUGAUUUGUAUUUGCUUACUACUGUAACAGCUUGACUAGAUGAAACAAGACAUGGCGGGUGAUUCUGACAAAAUCUCCAGUAAUUCCUUCCGACUCAAGAAGGAGAUCUCCUUGCUGCAUGGCGUCUGCCUCAUCGUAGGAAACAUGAUUGGCUCUGGGAUUUUUGUUUCACCAAAAGGAGUUUUAUUAUACACUGGGUCCUAUGGACUUUCUCUGGUCAUAUGGGCAGCAGGAGGGGUAUUUUCAGUCUUCGGUGCUCUCUGCUAUGCAGAACUUGGUACCACAAUUAGGAAAUCUGGAGCCAGCUAUGCCUACAUCCUGGAGUCCUUUGGUGGCUUUUUGGCGUUUCUUAGACUGUGGACCUCCUUGCUGAUUGUAGAGCCUGCAUGCCAGGCUGUUAUUGCAUUGACAUUCUCAAACUACCUGGUCCAGCCUUUUUACCCUACUUGCCAUCCACCUUAUAUUGCUGUCCGCCUCAUAGCUGCCCUUAUCAUAUGUCUCUUGACAUUUGUGAACUGUAUGAAAGUGAAAUGGGGUGCAGUGCUGCAGGUGGCUUCAACAUUUGCCAAAGUAGUUGCCCUGAUCAUCAUCAUCAUUGCUGGUUUAGUGAAGCUGGGUCAAGGUAACACUGGGAAUUUUGACAACUCUUUUGACGGCUCCAUGCUGGAUGCAGGCAAUAUGGCCUUGGCUCUUUACUCGGCUCUGUACUCGUACUCUGGCUGGGACACACUCAACUUUGUUACUGAAGAAAUCAAAAACCCAGAAAGGAACCUGCCAUUAUCAAUUGCCAUUUCCAUGCCUAUAGUUACAGUUAUCUAUAUCCUGACAAAUGUUGCUUAUUACACAGUCUUGGACCUGGAUACAGUCUUAAGCAGUCACGCUGUAGCAGUGACAUUUGCAGAUGAAGUUCUUGGCUUUGUUAAAUGGCUGAUCCCAUUAUCGGUGGCAAUAUCAUGCUAUGGUGGGCUGAAUUCAUCAAUUAUAGCUGCCUCCAGGUUAUUCUUUGUGGGUUCCCGGGAGGGCCACCUUCCAAGCAUUCUCUGCAUGAUCCAUGUCUUGAGAUACACUCCUAUUCCUGCUUUGCUGUUCAAUGGAGGGAUGUCCUUGAUUUACCUUUGUGUGGAAGAUGUAUUUCAGCUCAUUAAUUAUUUCAGUUUUAACUACUGGCUUUUCAUUGGUCUCUCCAUUGCCAGUCAAAUAUACCUCAGAGUAAAAUACCCAGACAUGCCCAGGCCGGUGAAGCUGAGCCUAUUUUUCCCUAUAGUGUACUGCAUCUGCAGCAUAUUCCUAGUGGUGGUACCCCUCUACAGCGACACUGUAAACUCGCUGGUUGGUAUAGGCGUUGCCCUCUCUGGGGCCCCUGUGUAUUACUUCUGUAUCUACCUCACCCCAGAGAUGAGGCCUGCAUUCCUGGGAAAAUUACUGGGUUUUCUCUCGCUGAACACCCAGAAGAUAUGCAUGUGUUGUCUGGUUGAUGCUGAGUUGGAUCUGGACGAUGCUAAGGAACACGAACCAAAGCGAGAAUAAGGAUCUGCUGGAGAAAUUUCAACUCUUCAAAUGUACUGCAAGAUUUUAUGCAGGUUAUACAGUUAAAUUAACUUGUUGGUGAAUGGUAGCUCAAGUCCUGUUUAUUUGCUUUAGUAUUAUCAUUUUUAGUCCUGCUUAUUCUGGUCCCGUUUUAUUUAAGUUAACGCUACUGAACGAUUUCAAUUUGUGGUAUAUGCAGUGGUAGUACUAAGCAAUCUAGCAAUUUGGCUUCACAACAAAUGUAACUUGAUAAUAGACCACUGUGAUAGUCUACUGCCCAGCCUGCAGUACUUAGAGUAAGUAGCAAGGUUCUGAAAAAUAGCAUUACAUGUCCCCAUGUGGUGCUACAAGUGUUUUAAAUAACUUACCUUGUUACUUGAAAAAAAAAUAAUAA